GCGGCUCCUCGCGGCCACCGUAGAGGGCGUCGGGCGGGCUCAGGGACGGAAGCCGAGAGGCGCCGCCGACCGCGCCUGCGACAGCGUCAGCCCUGCGCGGAACGCCGGCCCAUGGCGGCGGCGGCAAUGGCGGAGCAGGAGGGGGCCCGCAACGGCGCCCGAAACCGCGGCGGCGUCCAGCGCGUGGAGGGCAAACUGCGCGCCAGCGUCGAAAAGGGCGACUACUACGAGGCGCACCAGAUGUACCGGACCCUCUUCUUCAGAUACAUGUCCCAGAGCAAACACGCAGAGGCCCGAGAGCUCAUGUACUCAGGAGCACUGCUCUUCUUCAGUCACGGCCAGCAAAACAGUGCUGCAGACUUAUCUAUGUUAGUCUUGGAGUCCCUGGAGAAGGCAGAAGUGGAAGUGGCUGAUGAACUGCUGGAAAAUCUGGCUAAAGUAUUUAGUCUGAUGGAUCCAAAUUCUCCGGAGCGAGUGGCUUUUGUGUCCAGAGCCCUGAAGUGGUCCAGUGGAGGGUCCGGGAAACUGGGCCAUCCCCGGCUCCACCAGCUGCUGGCCCUCACGCUGUGGAAAGAACAAAACUACUGCGAGUCUCGGUAUCACUUCCUGCACUCCACUGACGGCGAGGGCUGCGCUAACAUGUUAGUGGAGUACUCCACCGCCCGGGGCUUCCGCAGUGAGGUGGACAUGUUCGUGGCCCAGGCGGUGCUUCAGUUUCUCUGUUUGAAAAACAAGACUAGUGCACUGGUGGUCUUCACAACCUACACGCAGAAGCACCCGUCGAUCGAGGAUGGGCCGCCAUUCGUCCAGCCCCUGCUCAAUUUCAUCUGGUUCCUGCUGUUGGCCCUGGAAGGCGGCAAGCUGGCCGUGUUCACGGUGCUGUGUGAGCAGUAUCAGCCGUCCCUCCGGAGGGACCCAAUGUACAACGAGUACCUCGACAGGAUAGGCCAACUCUUCUUUGGCGUGCCGCCCAAGCAGACAUCCUCCUACGGAGGCUUGCUAGGGAACUUGCUGAGCAGCCUCAUGGGCUCCUCGGAGCAGGAGGAGGGAGAGGAAAGCCAGGAUGACAGCAGCCCCAUCGAGCUGGACUGAGCUGCCGGCCUGCAUGGAGACGCCCACGGUCGGCACCACCGGACAGUUUCAGGAGCCAGGCCCAGAACGUGGCUCCUCACACUCAGCAGGCUCCUGGUCUGUGGUUGGCGGGGCUGCCUGUGUGGCGUCUGUCCCUAUUUAUGUAAGGUGGCUGAGGGCUGCACAGUCCGCCUGAUGCUGUGUGGCCAGGACUUGAGACUGAGGCCCAGGCUUCUGCGGGCGGCCGUGUCCCUUCAGCUCAAUCACAAUAAAGCGCAGGCCUUGCUGCGGCGUCCCUCUGC